UUUCACAUACACACAGAAGUUGUUAUUGAAUAGCACGAGAAAUAUCGUGGGCUGACUAUGAAUGCCAUUAUGAGAUAUGUAUUCAUUGAUUUCUGUUCAUAUACUCUUAGAUAGGAGACGAAACUAGACGUAUUAACUAUUAGGCCUAGGUGGAAGGCUUUACUUUCCAAGAUGGCGAACAUUAAAGCCGAGCGAAAAGUGAUAUUUUCGGGAAUAUGGCGCUCGUCCCCGAGUGCUGAUGUGGAUCGGCAGUUAAGGAUUAUAGGGGAGGAAUUUCAAAAGAAGCCUGGAUUGCCUGCGUCGUUACAAUUGACAUCUAACGGUGUGGAGUUACAUAUUAUAAGUGACAAUGGACUAGCAGGUAAAAAUAAAAUCGUCGAUAUGUGUGAUAUUUUUGAUGUAACGGUAAACAAGUAUCAUCCACUGUGUUUAAUGGUAGUGUAUGCUGACUCGAAACGUGUAUACAAUUUUAUGGUGUGUUUGUGCGAAAGGGAAGGGGAUGGCGUAGAAUUGUCUAAAAGUUUUAGAGAUUGUAAAAAUGCUUUAAAUAAACCGAACUGGGUUUUAAAACCCAAAUCAAUGUCGAACAAUAACGAAGGCGAAUCCGCGAGCAUAACAUCGAGAGAAAAGGGUGACGGUGCUGAACAUGAUGAAGCUGGAGCAGUAAAAAUAAGUGACAACGAUCAGGAGGACGUACUGGUCACGAGUAUCGAUUCCUCGGGAUUUCAUUCCGUCACAAUUCCAGAUGACGUUUCCAGGGACGAUGAAGAAGAUCAGUCUAAAGCAUCCAGCAGUAGACAUGCGGAUUUUGACGGAGAUUCGUUAGUGUCCAUUGAAUCUUAUAAUUCUAUGAAGGACGACUUACUGGCUUUGUCCCAAGAGGUACGAAAUAUCAAACUAUUACUGCAACAACAAGGAAUUGAUCCAGAAAUUCUCAAACAGCGGGGAGCUCAUUAUAAUGGCGACGGCCAGACAUCCCCUACUAGUCCUAAAUCAAAUGGCGCUGAUCGUAAAGUAAAUUUUGCCGUGGGACAGGAAAGUCAAAGGAAGCCUCACUACGUUAAAAACCCUAACGCUCCAGGGUCUACCUUGACGAAGGGGAGCAAGGGUCCGGUUAAACCCCAUUACUACCGAACAAGUUCCUCGGGAGCCAGUGGCAAUUCUGUAUCCCCGGGAUUUACAGGCGCCAAUGACGUUUUCGACUUCCCUGCUUCAGCCUCAGCUAACCCAUCAUCAGGGGUAGGAUACGUAUCCCAAUCCCAACGAAAGGGAUCGCAAUCCGGCCUCACCACAACAGUACAAAGACCCAUCGAACGAGUCUACACUCUACAACCCCGACAGUCUCAUUCUACCAGACGUAAAAUAAUUGUUCAUCCCGGUCAGUCGUCAACGUUACCAGCCAUGAGAGGACACACCGACACGGGGAAACCACUAACGCCCAUACUUAAAAACGGCCACCCAUGACAGAAGCAACAAAUCGGAUCUGUAUAAUACUCCCAUAUAUUGCCUCAGCUUUGAUUCAAGACUUUUAAAAUCAAACUUUUAAGAAUGUCUGCACAGUGAGAAAGAUGUCUUACUGUAAAAUGCAUUUGGAGCGUCUGCAAUAUUAUCUAAAACUUAUGUUUAUUUUGAAUCUCCGCCAUUCGUGUGGUUGUGCUUAACAUGCCAAGGUUUCACUACUGGAUUAAUUUCGAAAGGAUUACUAUUAUCAAUUUCUAUUGCUAUAAAACUAAGUUACACAAGGAAGGGAGUAUAAUGUCAAUACGACACACUCAGCCAGCUCAAUAUGGAUGGGUUUAACUUUGCUUUCAAGCAGGCGAAUAUCAAAAAUUCAUUUGAAGGAAGAAUUCGAUAUAAAAAUUUGUAAACGCCGUUGGGAAUUAUUACUAUUCCAUUUGAUGGCAAUUCGGUACCUGGAUGUAUUUUGAUUCAGUGGUGUGUUUUGAAUUAAAUACCCAAAAUAGUGCUGUGGUUGGAACUGAGCUCCCAUGAUCUCCUGUAGCACGAAUUUAAUUUAAAUAUUAUAUACCACUGCAUACCCAAUGCUUUUGGCCAUGUUAACUAGACGCUUUGUUUUUACCUACUUUCAAUUUUAUAUGGGACUCUAUAUUUUAUAUGGGACUCUAUAUUUUUCAACACAAAAUAUACCAGAAUCUCUCUCAAAACCAGUAAACACAUUAACACUAUUACGCCUUUCAAAAAGGGUGUUCAAACAAGACCACUCCUGAAUAAACACAACUGUUUAAUUAUUAAAUAUUCAUAGCUGUGAAACAUGUGUGAUAAUUGUUUAGUUAUAAGUAGGUGCGCUGUGGUUGAUUUUAGCAUCUAUGGAAAUUGAAAAACUUUUUUUUGUCAUUGUAAAACGUUCGUCUAUUUCAGUUCGCACUUUGUUGAAAGUAUAAUCACUGUUCGAUAAUAAUUGGAUUAUGCCAUACUUUUCUGCGGAUGUGCGUUGUAUUUUGGAACACUGGACUACUUGUAUAAGACUAUAAGGAUUUUUAUAUAUAAUAAUCGAAUAUAUAUAUAUAUAUAUCGUUACUCUGUAUAUUAUGUAAAUAUAGAAACUCAUCACUAAUGGCGUCUGGAUAUUAAUAGGAGGAGAAGGUGUACAGAGAAAAUAAGACUUUAUAAAUAAGUUAUAUAUAUACUAACAUGUGCCUAGACAUAUUAAUACAUGAUAUUUUAUUGAUAGUUCUAUGGUCAAUCAUUUAUAACCCUACUAUCCCCUGCAUCAACUUCAUCUAUAGUUUAAGUUUGUUAUAUUUAAUAUAGGUAGCAUAUCUACAACAGAUAUAUUUAAUGGGUUAGGGUUAGGGUUAGCUUUAAGAAUUUGGGGGAGAGGUCAAGUCUCCACAUAAGCACUAACCUAGGAUGAUGUAAAUUUGGUUCGUGAUAUUUCCUAGUUUUAUUAAAAAUAAAUGUAAUACAUUAGAUUAAUAUACAAAGUUGGUUUCACUGUUUUUGGUGUUGGUGGCGCUGAUGGUCAUGUGACAUAAAUAUUUUAAUACUGACAAUAUCCAAUGAUAUCAUAAAUGUUAAAAAAUAUUAUAAAACAGAAAAAAUAUUAUGA